GAAGGCUCCGCUCUCGACCGGCUCGGCGAGUCGGCUCAGUGAGUUACGAGUUGCGUCCGGGUUCGCCGUACGUUGCGAUAACGGGGGCGUCAAUCGGAUCGCGCGAUUGGGAGAGGAUUCCUAAACCUCGUGCGCGCUUUCCUCGCUCCGUCGUCUUUCUUCGUCCCUCUUUCUCGUACGCGAUUACCCCGUCUCGGUCGAUCCUUCUUCCGUUCGGCCCGUCCCUCUCGUUCGGCUACGGGCAACAGGUUUGAAUUUAUGGGACAAUAAAGAGUGCGGUGCGUAGUGCGCGCGUGUCGUUUCCCAUCUCGAUCCUCUUUCGCUCGCGGGCUCCUCUCUCUUUCGCAGUCCCGUCCGUCGUCUUUCACGCGAACUAUCCGCCACCGAGAGCAUCGCGACCGGGGACUAUCAAACUCUCGUAAAACUGUCAGCCGCCUAGCCGACGGGUUGACUUAUGCGCGUUCCAGCCUCCGACCGCGGCUCUCUCGUUCUCUCCACGCGGGGCACGCGAACCGCGCCAGCAAGUGGACCGUCAGACCAGUGUGUCCGGUCGACAUGACUUGAGGACUAGAUCGGAGUCGAAGAGCGAACGCGGCCGAUCCAAGGGUGACGGAGCGGAGAGCUCGCGACGGCGAGGGCGAUUCUCGUCGCGUGGAACCACCUCUUCUUCCGUCGGCACGAGGGUGUACGCAAAAGGGAGCGCGUGCGCGCGUUGCCCCCUCGCGGAGACGGCAAGCGGAAGACUACUUCUCGGUGACGUUGCGGCCACCAGAAGGUUGCACCGGACGAGAGCGAUAAAGAAAGAAGGAGAAAGAGAGUAUACCUCGCCCCACCAUCGGGGCUCCCGAAUAUCUCUCCAUUAGCCCCCCUGACGGUGGUAUCCCCUCUCUGCGACCCCUUUUGGUCUCCCGUCUCGCUCGCACCACCCCUCUUCCGUCGGUUCUUGUCACGUUCGGGUAGCGGCCAAGCAAACGCGCGUACACACACCACCGUCGUCGUCACCACCACCACGCAUCACACAAAUCGAGCACGAGCAGCAGCAGCAGCAGCAGCAGCAGCAGCGCGAGCAGCAGCAGCAGCAGCACCAGCAGCAGCAGCACCAGAACCGACGACGGAGACGCAAGGAACGGGGUUGAAGAAUCCUACGCCGGCGGAGAGACCAAUCAAGGUUUGACGAACGACGGGGAUUGGUCGAGGCGAGCUCCUCUGACACGCAGAGUGCUCGGGCACGUGACAAGCUACCGCACACACCGGGGCCUCCGUUGGAUCGCGGCGAGGCCUUCAGUACGAUACCAACCACCCUCCGCGCACGCAACAGGAACGGUGAAACUCCUUCACCCCCUUGACUCGGUGAUAUCGGCCACGCACGGAGAUUCGUUUUUAACGUCGACGACUAUUCACGUUUUCCGCGAGUAUCCACGGUUGGUUUCGUUCGUUUCGUGCAGCCGCGGUUACGCUACGGGAGGACACACGGGUGUGAAAGAAUCACCGCGCGGAGGAAUUAAAACGGAGUGCACGGGGGUCUCGUCUUCAAUGGGGCGACUUGAUAAGCCGGCCGUUACGCGCUACCGCACGUUGCCGCCACGAGUUCUCCGUAGGUAAUUUGCGACUGGCGAGGUCGUAAAGAAGCGGAAGACAGUUUUAUAGCCCAGGCCCACGUGGCCCUCGUAAACUCGGCCCAGGUCGGUGUUUACGACUCUGCCGACACUCGCUCCAUUCGUCGCGAGGACGACCCCUCGUUCAUUAUCGAAUCGCUUAGGGACUCGUGUUUAUCCGUGCGUAACAGACCGCGAUAGAGGUGCGAAACCCGGCGAGAAGAACAGGAGAGGACGGUGAUCGCGAUUCUUUCUCUCUUCGCACCGAAAAGUGUUGUACCGCCUACGCGUGACAUGCCACCGUUCUCGCUGUUGCGGUUCUCGUUCUCAUCCUCGUCGCCGUGAGACCGGCGGACCCCAUGCGACGAUGACACGGCCCCGCAUUUAACGACAGUGCGCGCGAUCGAGUCGGGGACCAGAUCGGAAGAGUGUUUUGUUUCUCGUGAAUGUCGAACCAUACGGAACGAUACAACGGAGUGACCAUCGGUGAAGCAUUCGCGUGAACCAUGAGUUCCUAUCAGUUCGUAAAUUCGCUCGCGUCGUGCUACGCGGGUCAACAGGCUCAGCAGCAACCCCGAGGAACCGCGAGCUCCCCUGGAGAACCGCUGCAAGCCGCGUCGCCCGCCGGUGGUGACUACUACAACCCGAACGCUGCGGCCACCAGCUAUCCCGCGCCGUGCUACUCGCCCCAGCAACAUUAUCCUCAGCAUCCUUACGCGACCCCGGCUUCGGGGAUGCAGCACACGGCACCCACGGGAAUGAUAGACUACACGCAACUGCAACCGCAGCCGCGACUCAGUGCCACGACAACCUCGCAGCAACACAGCCUUCACCAGCAGUCGCAGCACCAUCCGCAGCAGCAUCAUCCUCAACCGCAGCUUCACCCGGACCCGACGACGCCGCUCCUUCAAGCGGCCUCGGCGCCAUCGGCACCGUCUACGUCCAGCUGCAAGUACGCCGACUCGACGUCCUCCACCGGCGUCGCGUCGCCACAAGAUCUGACCACGUCCACGUCCAGGAACAGUCCGACGCCUCUGGUCGCACCAGGCACCAGCAAGGCUGCCUCCGGAUUGACUUCGCCGCCUGGAAGUUCCUCGAGGUCGUCGGUCGCGGCUUCCGCGGCGUCGCCGGCGAGCGGAAGUUCCAGACAGGUCGCCGAGGGUAGUUCGACGUUGACCACGGCGUCGUCGGCAUCUUCGCCCGCCUCCUCGACUUCCAGCACUUCCAGCACGGGAAACAACUCAUCGAGCAAGACGAACGCUAGCGGCAGUAACCCGCCGCAGAUCUACCCGUGGAUGAAGAGGGUGCACAUCGGACAAAGUACGGUGAACGCGAACGGAGAGACGAAGCGGCAGAGGACGUCGUACACCAGGUAUCAGACUCUGGAGCUGGAGAAAGAGUUCCACUUCAAUCGGUACCUGACGAGGCGGCGUCGCAUCGAGAUCGCGCACGCACUCUGCUUAACGGAACGUCAGAUCAAGAUCUGGUUCCAGAAUCGGCGGAUGAAGUGGAAAAAGGAGCACAAGAUGGCGAGCAUGAACAUCGUACCGUACCAUAUGUCGCCGUACGGCCACCCUUACCAAUUCGCGCCACACCCAGGCCAGUUCGCGCACUUGGCCACAUAGGACGAGUUCUCGCCCGCCGAGCUCGGAGCACACGCUGUCCGGUUCCCCGGGAUGUACGGCGAGCAGAACUUCUAAAAAGGCUUUUUUGUUCGAACCGACCCGUGGCCGCGGCCUUCUCGUCGGCCGACGUGUUCCACUACGGUGGAACGCGACCAAGUCGAACCGCGACCGGGCCACGGGAACCAACUUCGCUCGCAGUGAAGAAACAUGUGGCGAGACCUCGAGACGCGAGGGUCUCCGACACAGGCCCACCGAUCGUUACUCGUCAACCGGAAUUUUCCUCUCCUUUUCUCCCUACGCACUCGGUUUUUCUACCCGCGUUUCGCUAACUCCGUUGCCUUUUUGCUGGCGUCGUACAGAACGUAACGAACGAGCGGACGAUUUUUUGGGGUUUCACUAUCGUUCGACUUUGAUAGAAACUAGUACGAUUUUAGGGGGAUUGAAUUCGUUUUUCGUUACAUAAAAAUUGACGUACGUUCUAUGAGUUAUUCGUUUUACAUUUUUAUUAGCUUGCUUUCUUAUCUGUCUGCUCGUUACAAAUUUUGCAAUUGAUUUUAAAGUAACUUCCCGAUGAGCUAAAGACUAAAAAGGAGAAAAUAAUUAUUUAAAUGAAAAAAUUUAAUACACCACGUUUUUAAAACGGAGUAACAAGUACAAAAUAAUUACAAAAUUGUAAGAUUUAAAACGAGAAACGUGAGGCGCAUGCAAUAGAUAAUUGAUGCAUGAAUAGUGUGCCCCACGUUUCUCGCUUUAAAUCUUACAAGUAUUUUGUAAUUAUUUGAACUUUUUAUUCCGUUUCAAAAACGAGACGUAUUAAAAAUUCUUUUUUUACUUUCGGUGGGUUGGCACCUGUGACCACUGCGAGGAUAACUCCGUCGUCGCGACACAGAACUGUUCGAAGUUGAAGGGAAGCCGAACGAAAAAUUUUCUGCAACUGCGCAACGCCGUGCGCCCGCGAUUCAAAUGGACUGGACGCGCUCCGAGGGGCUCUCGCCGCAUAAAAUAUUACCGAAUGAUCCCGAACGCACUAGGGUGAUGAACGCGGACGAGAGACCACCUCAGCGGGUGAGAUAAAAACCGAAUCAGUAAUUUUUAAGUCGUAGAAAUUAGCGGUCUAAGUGAUUAAUUAAUUGAGCGGACUAAUUAAUUAAUUAUCUUGCCUGGCUGCGCACAGUUUUCGCAUCUCUGAAUCUAUCCGAACUCCAUCUACCCUCCCCUGUAAUCCCGUUCCGAACGAGAAUGGAAAACGAACAGCGGAGAAUGCGUCGAUGUAUGUAUGUACUUACUUACUUGCUCGCUUAACUUCUCGUUUCAUCUUCUUCCACUUCCUCUUUCUCUUCCUCUUUCUCUUUCUCCUGUUCCGCUCUCGUGCAUCGAGGGCGUGCUCGUCGAUGGGAGAACACGCAGCCUCCAUCGCAUCGGCGUACCGCGCAGUUUCUGUGUGGACGUUAAAGUCUCUAACUUCGUAGUACGUAAGGGUGCCUAUCGAAUACUCCUGUUCUCUCUCUCCGCUGUUUUUCGUCGAUGAGAGCUGCCGCGGCAUUCUUCGACGUCCGUUCAAUCGAUCAAAUCGGAACGAUGCGCGUUACGAGCGCUUUGUAGAAAAUAAGAGGCUGUUGCACGAAUUCUCGGUACGACACUGGGCAGCUCUGUAAAUGUAAAUAAAAUAACGCGACUCGCGUCCCCUGUGGCAGCUAAAUUUUAGACUACGUGUAUACGAGAAUCAAUAGUCCUGUCGCAAAAUCAAUUUUCCGCAAAGAUUACUCGUUGAAACGAAUUCGCGAUCAAUUUGACGGCGAUCUCGUACUCGCGACUGCGCAUCGAACGGGUUAGCGCAGCUGUCCUGAGGUGGAGGAGAAGAAGAAGGAACGGGAGGAUCCCUCUUAGCCGAACCUAAUCGAACGAGAAACGGCAGGUGUGUAUAAAUGAAUUUUAGAUAUUGUGUUCGCUGGUGCGACGCGAGCUAAUUGGUUUAUCUUGUGAUACGAGGCGGAAGAAGAAAGCGUGGAGAAACAAGCGACAGUUAGCAAUCGUUCCGUGCUUAGUAAACAUGUUCGUGCACCGCGCAACUUUUACGCGAAGCAAAUUCGGAAGAAUACAGGGAUCUAAAAAAAGAAAUAUAUAUAUAUGUAUAUGUUUAAUUAUCUAUAUUCGGAGUGUGAGAGAGAGAGAGAGAAAGAAAGAAAGAAAGAGAGAGAGAGAGAAAUAGUCGCAAACGUAAUGGAAAGGGAGACGCAAACGCAUAAGCUAUAACGUUGAAUUGUACAUAGCUAUUGAAUAUAUUGCAACACGAUUAUUGAACAACGUUAUUAUCGGUACGAGGCGUUAACGAACGAGCCGAUUCCUCGAAUUCUUUCGCACUCGAUAACGGAUUUAAAAAAUACGUGGUAGAAAAGAGAACGAAUCCGCGCUUCGUGGAAUGUAAUUUUAUUGUUGGCGAUGUGAUAGAUCCGGCGCGGAUGCAAAUUUCCUAUGUUCGUUCGCGGUUAGACUUUCCUUCGUUAUCGCCUGGUAAUCCGCACUAAGGAUAUUUAAAUGAAGCGAAUAUAGUGAUGACUCUAAUUAUAAUAAUUAUUAUUAAUAUCAUUACGAUGAUUAUUCGAGAAUUAUUGAUAUUAUUGCUAUUAUUCUAUCGAGAGUGAGUACCGUUGCUAACGACUUGGUCCAGUGUUAAUAUUGUAUUUUUUUUUAUUUGUUUCGUUAUUAUUAUUAUUAAUAUUAUUAUUAUUAUU